AUGUUUCGCCGGCUGCCAUCAACUCGUCUCCCACCGCCACGUUUUCUUUCCACUGCAUUCCCAUCUCGCAGACCAUUUAGCACCACCGGGAGCAACUCGAACGCCCACGAAUCCAGUUCAUUCAAAGAAGGGGUAUCCCGGUACAAACUCUUCGCAAGUCCGUUUGCCAAGGUCUUCUUGGGUGCCAUCUUCACAUACCAAGUGAUUUACUGGACAUGGCUGAAGCUUGAAAUGGAUGAGUCGAAAUCCACCAAGAAUCAAGAAGUGGCGACUCUGGAGAAGCAGGCUAGGGAGUUGACGACCACCCAAAAAUAA